GGGAUUUCACAACUAAUCUUAAAGGAAAGUUCUAUAGGGCUGCCGCAGGCAAACCUCGACCGAACAAGUGGACAGUAACUUUUCAAUGGUGUUUGAAUUUACAGGAUAUUGGUAUGAUAUUUCGCCUGAGAGAAACUAAAAGUCGAUAGAGCUUUAAGAUCCUGAACUUGUCAAAAAAGUGUGGUCGUUUUAGGUUGGCCUUUGAAAUUACCGCAGGCAAUAGCAUUAUAUCAGAAGAAGAAAAAACUGACAGUAAUUGAAUAAAAAAGGCGGGAAUCAAUACGAAGACGUUUUGAAAAAAGAAUAUGUUUAUGGGUCUAUUGUGUUAAGUUUUCCGCUCUAGCGACUACGAUGUUGAAUUCGUGAAUCCCGGCUGCCUUAAAACGACAGGAGAGAAUUUCGUUUUGUUAAUUCAAACUCGUUCGACGAAUUUGGUCAAAAUUCCCGAAGAAAUGGCGAAAAGGGACAAGACUUUACUAAGUUGUGGAAUCAUCUUCGUUGUCGUUUUUACAGUUAGCGCGGGAAGGUUUGACGGAGAAGCUGAACACAAGCUCAUCGCCUAUCUUUUCGACGGCUACCAAAAGGAUGCUCGACCGGUAUUCAAUAAAGCCAAUGCGGUCCAUGUGACACUAGACAUUGCGUACAGUCAGCUUGUAGAUCUGGAUGGUAAAAACCAAAUUCUUUCGAGCAAGGUUUGGGUCCGUCAGAUGUGGGAAAAUCCAUUCCUCACGUGGGACCCUAAGGAAUACGGAAAUGUGACCAGUAUUAAUGUGCAUCCUGGUAUGGUGUGGAAACCUGAUUUAGUCCUGUACAACAACAUUGGAAUCGGACGCACAGGCGCCCUGUACUCUUUCGACACCAAAGUAACGUUAGAACACAACGGUAAAAACUCCUGGUUCGCCCCGACUCAGAUCCAAAGCAUUUGUAAGAUCGACAUCACGUAUUUCCCUUUUGACACGCAACACUGUUCCCUCGUGAUAGGAUCAUGGACGUAUCCUGGCAACGCGCUCAACCUCGUGCAACAGCGCAACCAAUCAGAUUUGUCCAAAUACACACUCAGUGGAGAAUGGGACUUGCUGUCGGCGCCUGUGCAGCGCAACGUAGUCAAAUACGCUUGUUGCAAGUAUCCUUAUAUUGAUAUCACGUAUUACAUCCAUGUGCGCAGAAAGGUUUUGUUUUACCUCAGCAACUUGAUUCUUCCGUCGAUAGUUCUGACUAUACUCACGGUGUUUUCUUUCUAUCUUCCUCCUGAGUCUGGAGAGAGAGUUUCUCUGGUCAUAACGAUCCUUCUUGGCUUGACUGUUUUCAUGCUAGUGUUCACUGAGAGCGUACCUAACACAUCAGAAGUGAUUCCACUAAUAGCUAAGUACACCAUAAUAGUCAUGAGCGAGGUUGGCAUCUCUCUGCUUGUUACUUGUUUCGUUAUGAGAACCUAUCACAAGGGUCAUCAAAAAGACGUACCAAAUUGGGUACGAUUUUGGGUGAUUAAAGUCCUAGCGCCUAUUCUCCGAGUCAAGCAAGCCCAGAAGCAAAAUGGAAACAAUAACGAUGCAAAAACGAGCCAACCAGAAGUCAGAAAUGGAGAGAAAUACUUGCGUCGUGGGCCGUACACUUUCAUCGCGAAAAAACGCGACUCUACCCCUCCCUCCCUUUGCUAUUCACCUUCACCAGACAGUGGAUGCAGAAAGGCAGAAAGCGUUGAGAGUAACGGUAUAAACAUAAUGCGUAGUACUUCGAAUGAAAAACUCAGUGAACUUUGCGGCGGCAUGGCUGCUAUCUUGAAGCAUCUAAAAGGAACAAGGCAAGUGGAAGAACGAAUCGCUGAAUGGCAUUUUGUAGCAACUGUAUUGGAUUCUGCGUUCUUUUGGCUAUUUUUGACAUCUAUGCUUGUAUCGACCGUGGCGUUCUAUUUCCAGAUUCCUUAUGUUAAAGUUCCUUUAUAGAUGGGUGUACCUUGUGUUUUCAGUUGGAUAUUUGUACGUGUUUCAGAAGGCACUUUGUACACCAAAACCAAACUAAACCCAACAUCAAUUUUAUAGAGCCCUAAAACAAUUCCUAAGCUAAUCUAAAUAUGGGCAUAGCUUACUCACAGAUCGAACAAGCUUGAAGGGUCGGUUGGGAAUCAGUUUACUGAGUGUGUUUGACUUUGCGGACGGAGAAAAUCAAAGAUGAGCCGGAAGAAAAACUUUCGUUAUACAAGGGGAGAGUCAUGAACAUAUUCAACUCAUGUGAUGCUGAGUCCAGGAAUCAAACCUGAGACUCCAGAGGUAAGAGACAGUAAGCUACAGUACUCUUGCAUGAUUCCUCCAAGUGCAUAGAUACAACGAUAUGGUGUUGACGGAUUUCUUUAACAAAAUAACUUCCCUCAGCUAAACCGCUCUUAGUAUAGGCCUGCGUUAGGGUUAGGUUUUGGAAAACCUGGGAACUAGUUGCGUUAUACUAUCUCUCGUUGGAAUGUACAUUUGUGCGCAUAAGCAACACCAAUAAAUUGACAGUGCACCCUUCCUAAAAUUGUCUCGAAUGCAAGGCUAACAUGAAAAUACAAAAUAAAUGGCACAAAUUCCAUCGAGAAUCAAUAGACUUAAUAUCGUGAAAAAACAAAUUCGUAAGGAAAAUAUCAUGACAGUAAGAGAGUACUUACCCUUUUAAUCAAUGCGGCAUUCUAAAACCUUGCGGUUUUGACCUGCGGUUCCACAGAGGUGACUUGUUCAAUUAUUUGAUGGUCAAUGUGAUCCACCACUUCCGCAUUCUAUCUUCUUUAUCUUUAGCAGCUGAAAUCUAGGAAAAGUCAGAAGCAGUUCUUCUAAAAAUAUUUCUCCAAAAAUGAAUCAUGAUAAUAACGCGCACGGGACAAAUGAAAUAAAAUAUAACCACAUUGAUUAAGGUGUUCAUAGAUUACGUUACUUUUAAACGGUGCAGUUUAG